CCUCGCCCCGCCCUGUCGGCGCCGAACAGGGCUAGGGCGAUCCUCCGGAGCGCUUCUGUCUGUCGAGCUGCUGCGCCCUUCGGCUUUCAGGUGGUCAUGGGCCCCCUGGUUCGAGGUCCGGCGGUGAACGAGGAGGACGAGAGCACCGACAACACCCCGCUCCUGCCGGGUGUCCGGCAGGCCGAAGCCGGUUUUCUCCCAAUCUUUCCCUCAGCUCCAGUAUGCUGCUCUGCUCGCUACAACUUAGCCGUUUUGGCCUUCUUUGGUUUCUUCGUUCUCUAUGCAUUACGUGUGAAUCUGAGUGUGGCAUUAGUGGAUAUGGUAGAUUCAAAUACCAGCCUGGUGGAUAACAGAACGUCCAAGGAGUGCACAGAACAUUCUGCCCCCAUAAAAGUCCUUCAUAAUCACACGGGUAAAAAGUACCAGUGGGAUGCAGAAACUCAAGGAUGGAUUCUUGGCUCUUUUUUUUACGGCUACAUCAUCACACAGAUUCCUGGAGGGUAUAUUGCCAGCAAAGUAGGGGGAAAGCUACUGCUGGGCUUCGGGAUCCUGGGCACUGCUGUCUUCACACUGUUCACCCCCAUUGCUGCAGACUUAGGAGUCCUGGCUCUUGUUGUGCUUAGAGCGCUUGAAGGACUAGGAGAGGGUGUUACAUUUCCAGCUAUGCAUGCCAUGUGGUCUUCUUGGGCACCCCCUCUUGAAAGGAGCAAGCUUCUCACCAUUUCAUAUGCAGGAGCCCAGUUGGGAACAGUGAUUUCACUUCCUCUUUCUGGAAUAAUUUGCUACUAUUUGAACUGGACUUAUGUCUUCUAUUUUUUUGGUAUAGUUGGAAUAGUUUGGUUUAUAUUAUGGAUGUGGAUAGUUAGCGAUACACCAGAAACUCAUAAGACAAUCUCCCAUUAUGAAAAGGAAUACAUUCUUUCAUCAUUAAAAAAUCAGCUUUCUUCCCAGAAGUCCGUGCCUUGGAUACCCAUUCUAAAGUCGCUGCCACUUUGGGCUAUUGUAGUUGCGCAUUUUUCCUACAACUGGACUUUUUAUACUUUGUUGACAUUAUUGCCUACUUAUAUGAAAGAAAUCCUAAGGUUCAAUGUUCAAGAGAAUGGGUUUUUAUCUGCACUACCUUAUUUUGGCUGUUGGUUAUGCAUGAUUCUAUCUGGUCAAGCUGCUGACAAUUUAAGAGUAAAGUGGAAUUUUUCAACUCUAAGUGUUCGAAGAAUUUUUACCCUUAUAGGAAUGGCUGGCCCUGCGGUCUUCUUGGUUGCUGCUGGAUUUAUAGGCUGUGACUAUUCUUUGGCUGUUGCAUUCCUAACCAUAUCGACAACACUAGGAGGCUUUGGCUCCUCUGGAUUUAGCAUCAACCAUCUCGAUAUUGCUCCCUCGUACGCUGGAAUCCUCCUGGGUAUCACAAACACAUUUGCCACUAUUCCAGGAAUGGUUGGGCCCAUCAUCGCUAAAAGUCUCACCCCUGAGAACACUAUUAGGGAAUGGCAGAUCGUGUUCUGUAUUGCUGCUGCCAUUAACAUGUUUGGUGCUCUGCUCUUCAUGCUGUUCGCCAAAGGAGAGGUGCAGAGCUGGGCUCUCAGUGACCACCACGGACACAGAAACUGAAGAGACCAGCAAAUAAUCCUGUCUCCAUAAUGUAUUUUUAUUUAUCAUGUAAUCUGAAAGUGCCUUUGAUAUUUUAAGAUGUAUUCUAUAUACAAAAAAAAAACUUGUUUAAAUUUGUAAUCAUCAAGUCUUAGUAGUUGCCAGAUUAGUUAAAGUUAGUUAAAUGUUUUUAAUUAUUAAUAGUAUAAUUGCCGAACUCUACGCUUUAGGGUCACAUUCCUGGCUCCAAGCUAGGGAAAGUGAAGUAAGGACUAUGUUUCAGAAAAUGAGCUGGGGGCUGGCGAGAUAGCUCAGCAGUUAAGAACACUGGCUGUUCUUGCAGAAGACCCAGGUUCAAAUCCCAGCACCCACAUGGCAGCUAACAACUGUCCAUAACUCCAGUUCCAGGGGAUCCGACAGUCUCUUCUGCCCUCUGCUGUUGCACGACAUGGGUGCACUUAUCUACAUGCAGGCAACACACGCAUACACAUAAAAUAAAAAAAUAAUAAAAUUUUUAAAACAAUGAGCUGAAAUGAACCCCCUCUCAGUAUGCUUACCUCGGUCUCAAACAUUAGCAUCUCCAAGAGCUGCCAGCCCCUGUAUAAAAUGACCUGGCAACUAGACUUAGGGAGCCAUUGCCCAGGCAGCUGCCCAGCAUUCCUUCCCUGGCCUCUGGGUCAAAGUGCCCAGUGCUAAUCAGAAGCACCUUCCAAGCGCCCGGCCAGUGCCAAGUCUUUGGCUGACAUCCUUCCCCCAGUGGCUAUUACAGUGUAAAGCCCUAAAUGGGCUACGAGUGGGAGCCACAGUUGUGGAAGUAAUGUUGUCAGCUUGGCCUUCAAAGCAUCCAGGCCUGUCUGCUGAGACAAGCCAAAAAAGAAAGUGUGAUGUCAGUCAACUGCAAAUAAUAUCCAUUAAAACUACUUGCCUAUGAAUCAGAGUAUAAGUUCUCAGGUUUUUGGAACUGCAUUAGAAUUUUUUUAAUGUUUUUAAUUUCUUUUGUUCUGUCUGCCUUAAUUUACACUUCUGAUUACAGUUUAAAGUGACUUUUAGAGCCAGGGGUUUGGCCCAGUGGUAGAGCACUUGCCUAGCACUGUGAAACACUCUGUGUUCAGUCUUUAGUAGCAAAAUAGAGUUAACAUGGGCUUCAAAGGGCAGGCGUGGAGGCCAGUGCAGUCACCUUUCUUUUGGUUCCUGAAAUCCUUCCUGUGGUUUUCCUGAUCAGUCUCUGAUGGUUGUUGAACAUAUUCUAACGGAAAUUCAGGGCUUAAAGUAUAGCCAAUGUUUUGUUGUAUUUGUUAAACACUACCUUUUAGCUAAAACUUGUUUAAUGUAACAACAUUUAUUUUUAAAUGUGUAAAUAUAAAUUACUUUAGGUUGCUAUGUGAUAUUUCUUUUAUAAAUCAUCAAAAUAAAUCUUUUGGCCUUGA